AUGAACGACGGAUCGAAUUAUUACCCGUAUAUGCCCCCACCAGCUUUUGCUCCAAGUGCACCUGAUUUUCAAGAAUAUAUAGCUUACCCAUCAGGCGCAAAUCAACCUUAUUAUCCACCUCCACAGCCACAACAGCCUCCUCAGCAAAUCAUAUAUCCAAAUUAUAAUCCAUACCCGGUGCCUGCUUACCCUCAGUACAAUAAUCAACAGGCGACUAUGAAUGCUUUGUAUAAUACUCAAAGCGCUCCUACUGUUUUAAAUGCCAAUCCGCACUGCGCAGUUUGUAGAGGAACUGGAUUUAAUAGAAAUAGAGAAAUGUGUAAUAGAUGCUGUGUGCAAAAUCGAGACAUGCCUCCGCAUCGAAAUGGAGGAUCUGCCAUGAGAAGAUUUUUAUGGGGUUCGCGGCGAUUUUAG